CGCAUGCCCGCGGCCCCGCCUCCCCCGGGCAGGCUGCGCGCAGCGGAGCAGCGGCUGUGCUAUGGCGGCCGCCCCACAGUCCCGGCCCGGCGGGGCCGCCGCUGCCCCCCCUCCGCCACCGCCACCGCCGGAGCAGGAGCGCAAGCUGGAACAGGAGAAGCUGUCGGGGGUGGUGAAGAGCGUCCACCGGCGGCUGCGCAAGAAGUACCGGGAAGUGGGAGACUUUGAUAAGAUCUGGCGUGAGCACUGUGAGGAUGAGGAAACUCUGUGUGAAUAUGCUGUGGCAAUGAAAAACCUUGCAGAUAAUCACUGGGCAAAAACUUGUGAAGGAGAAGGCCGAAUUGAAUGGUGUUGCAGUGUAUGCCGAGAAUAUUUUCAGAAUGGUGGGAAAAGAAAAGCACUUGAAAAAGAUGAAAAAAGAGCACUUCUUGCUUCCAAGACCACUCCAGCUUUAAAUAUUCCCCAGGCUCCCAAGAUUGAAGGUCCCUUACCAAACUUUGGCUUGACAAAUCAUGAAACUAUAACAGAAGAAUUGCUCCAUUCCUUGGGGAAGAUCAGAUUACUUGAUGUUGGUAGCUGCUUUAAUCCAUUCCUGAAGUUCGAAGAAUUUCUGACAGUUGGCAUAGAUAUCGUUCCAGCUGUUGAGAGUGUAUACAAAUGUGACUUCUUAAAUCUUCAAAUUCAGCAACCUCUCCAGCUGGCACAAGAUGCUAUAGAUGCCUUUCUUAAGCAACUGAAAAAUCCCAUUGAUUCUCUGCCUGGAGAACUCUUCCACGUUGUAGUUUUCUCGCUUCUACUUUCUUACUUUCCAUCACCCUAUCAACGAUGGAUAUGCUGCAAGAAGGCACAUGAACUUCUCGUAUUAAAUGGCUUGUUGCUUGUAAUAACUCCUGAUUCAUCUCAUCAGAAUCGCCGGGCUAUGAUGAUGAAAAGCUGGAAAAUUGCCAUAGAGUCCUUGGGUUUUAAACGUUUCAAGUAUUCCAAGUUUUCUCACAUGCAUCUGAUGGCAUUUAGGAAAACGUCCCUGCAAACAACAAGUGACUUAGUUAGCAGGAACUACCCAGGAAUGUUGUAUAUCCCACAGGAUUUCAACAGCGUAGAGGAUGAGGAAUAUUCCAACACUUCCUGCUACGUUCGAUCAGAUACAGAAGAUGAACAGCUAGCUUAUGGUUUUAUGGAGCUACCUGAUGCUCCUUAUGACUCAGACUCUGGAGAAAGCCAGUCUAGUUCAAUUCCUUUCUAUGAGCUAGAAGAUCCUAUAUUGCUUCUCAGUUAAUGUAGUUGUUGCAAUGCCCUUUCAGUCAAACCUCUUGCUUAACUAAAUUUGCUAUACUAACAUGGGCUCAACACGCCAAAAUGGUUUGCAUAAAGAAAAUGCGAAGGUUUACAGAGUUUGCUAUUUUUUUCUACUUUUGAAUUUUAAAAUUUAUUCUUGUAUGAAAGUGAAAAAACCACAAGUUUUAUGCCAAUGACUCAUGUCAUAGCAUAAAUUGCUGUUAUACUUUCUUUAGAUUUGUAUCACUAAUUUUUUUUUUUCCAGGAAGGUACAAUUCUUUUCUUUAGUGCUGUGAAGUGUGAAUUCUAUUUAAUUUGCUCAAUGUUGUUUCAAUAUUUUAACUCAAUGUGGUUGAGCUUAAGGCACUGGAGUUGGUGGGCUUCUGAGAAGUAUAUGUAGGAAGAAAUAAUUUGCACUUUAAUGUGCAGAUAGGUUAAGACACUUGGUUACACACGUCCCUUCUUAAUUAUGGAACAAAACUUUCUUCCAAAAUUUGUUUCACUCUGGUUAAGCCUGGGCUGGAGAAACUAAUGCUUGCACAUUUUGAUUUUGUUUAUUGUAGCCCUCUUGAGAUAACACCAAAUCAAGAUAACACCACAACACUGGAAUAUAUUCAUCCAUAGUUAAUACAAACUGUGUAAUUUCGUUGCAUAAAUACUAGUUAGACAUGAGAUUUCUGAGGAGGUUAUCUCCCCCAGAGGAGUAUGGUACGUCUAGACAAUUAUGUUUCACUUCAAAGCUGGAACAUGAUUUUGCAGUUUUAGAAGUGUACAAGCACAAACAUGUAUCAGUAUUUCCCAAAUGAUGGGAUUCUGUAUUCUCUUCAAACUGUGUUUUUUGGGGGACAGGGUGGGUUUUGUCAUGUUUUAAAGUAAAUUAUUUAUGCAUUUUAAAAACAAACCAUUUUUUCUUUAGUUGUCCUUAUUUGUAGACCUCCCAAGUUAUACAGUAACUACAGGGCCAUUGUGUAAAAAAGGAAAUAAUUAUACAAGUUUUUCAAGGAUACAGAUAUUUGCACAAAGCCACGUAUUCAGACCACACAAGCAAAGGUAACAUAUGCUAUUUGUUUGCUUACUUGGACCCAAUAAUCUUCUAUUUAGUUACAUAAAAACUCCAUAGCUGUCUGAAGACUGGUCUGCACUGUAAGAAGAUGGAACAGAAGUGUUUCAAACCUAUUAAGGUUUUUUUUUUAAUUAAAAAUCUGUGAGGUUUUGCAGGAAAAACCAAUUCUGUUCAGUGGUAAAAGCAGAGGAUUCAGUGUUAGUUUAGCUUAGAUUUCCCUCCAUCUGAAAUCAAUGUCCAGGAUUUUCAGAUUUGAAUGCUAGGCUGUUAAAUCUAUAUGUAAGUGCCUAAUAAAUGAUUGGAACUAGGUGCCACAUAUGGUUUUAAGACUGACUUCAAAAUGGUCAAAAAUACUAAUAUAUAGUUUCACAGGUGGUUGUAAUGAAAUAUACCUUACACUAUAGUAACCUUCCAUGUUUUAUUUACAAUACAAAAGUUACCAGAUAAACUGAAGUUGUAGUGUGGGUUUUACAGUGUUUGUUACAAAACCGAAACUCACUCCCUCGUUUUGAAAUUUUGCACUGAUCUAUCUAUUUUUCUUUUAUACUGUUUCCUGCAAAGAGUCAUCCUGCAUUGGUUUGGCUAACACUCAAACAUGUCAAACAUGAAUUGGACUCCCAGUUGUUUUUUUUUUUCUUAAAUGUUAGCCUUUUAUGUGUCAAUUCUUAAAUUUAAAGCAUCCCCUAAUACUGAUUCAAAUUUGUUACUCAAUUUGAAUGAUUAAUUAUAUACAAACCAAGCAAUUAUAUUCCUACCUGUUUAAAAAAAUCGAAAAAUUAACUUUAGACAUACAAGUACCAUGGUUGACUUUUUUACAGAGAAUACUUCUCUAUGAAAUACGCAAAGCCUUCAAAGGUGGCUUUGCCAGCAUUUGCACUUCACUUGCACUAAAAUGUUUGUCAUUCAAAGCCUUUUUUCUUCCCAAUUAACCACUGACUCCAGCAGUGCUAAAGUAAAGCUAAAAUGUUGGUGCUAUAAACUCAGUUGUUUAUGGAAACUUAAUCUGUGCAUACUCCUUUUAAAAAAUAGUUGUAUACCAGCUAACAUUUAUGUUGGCAUUGGUUAAUGUAAAUUGGUUUGUGAUUCAUUAAGAAAAAAAAGGAAUUCAGGCCAAGAGAUAUCCCCCCAAAAAAAUAGUUUAAGAUAUUAACAUUUAAAAUUUAAGCCUUUUUGGCAUGUUGGUGACAACAUUAUAUGUGUGGUUUAGGGACCUGAGGUUCAUAAUAGCGUUGUUUUCUUGCUGCUCAUUCUAAAUACCUGAAGUGUUCUUUUUUUUUUUUUUUUUUAACAAGGGACAUAGAUUGUGGCGGAGGAGGAAAGUGAGAUUUACAUAAAUUACUUAUACCUCCAUUAACAAUAAAUUGCUGAUAUCAGGAGUUGUUGGAUAUUUGGCUUUGGUGCAAGAAGAAUGUUUCCAUGUUACGGAAUAUUUGAAAAGUAUGACUGUGCAAGAGAUCUCUCGUUCUUAAGGUGCUGGAGAGGAAAAGGAAAAAAAAGUGUAUUCGCAUUUCUGUUGUCUUUAUGUCACUACUUUUUGUGAACAAAGCACAUUUAUUAAAAAAAAGAAAAAAA